AUGAACCCGACUUCCAUCCGCCGCAAACUCGGGCUGAACCCGUUGCCAGAAUCGCUGGGGUGCACGGAGAGUAUGGCAGAUCCAGAUGCCCGCGAUGGCGAUCCAAAGGAACUGGUCUUGUGCUUUGAUGGGACUGGGUAUAAGUUUACGGGGGACGAGUCCGAUAGUAAUGUCCUGAAGGUUUACAGGAUGCUUGACCACAGGGAUGCAAGACGAUACCACUAUUUCCAGCCGGGAUUCGGCACUCUUGUAUCCUCGACCUGGAUGUCAAACAGCGGGCAGACGAAUAAAGCGAGGUCGGUGUUCCUGAAAGCCAAAGAUGCUGCGAUAGGAACGACCUUUGCCCAGCAUGUUAUGGGGGGUUAUACCUUUCUUAUGCGGUACUACUCCCCCGGCGACAGGGUCUUCUUCUUCGGAUUCAGCCGCGGGGCGUAUGUUGCGCGAUUCCUAGCAGAAAUGCUAGAUACAGUCGGUCUGAUUAAAAGAGGAAAUGAAGACCUGGUCCGAUUCGCCUGGAUGACAUUCUCGAAAUGGCAGCGGGCGCACAAUAAAAGGGACGCUGACCCAGCACAAAACGAGAGACUCUAUGAGUAUAUCAAGGCAUUUCGGGAAACAUUCACCUGCCCAAUCUCGCCAAUUUACUUCUUAGGACUGUUUGAUACUGUCAAUAGUACGCCCGCACUGGAGGGUACAUGGAUGCAGCGAAGCAAGUUGGCACGAUGCUCGGCGAAGAUUAUACGACACGCCGUUGGAAUUGAUGAGCGGCGAGCGAGAUUCCGACACGACCUUAUAUCGGAUUCAGGUCGGACUGCUGUAUCAUGGCGAGCCCGAACGCGCCAGAGACUGGAACGACACCAUAUACGUCUUCCGCGACAGCGUGGGCUCAGAUUCUAUUACGAAGAUAAAGGGGGGAGAGGAACAAGCACAGACUCACAUCAGGCACCGCCGCUCCCGCAGCUACCAGAACCUUAUGAGCGGCCCAGCGCGCAACCGGAGAACUUGUGCGAGGAGAGGAGUGACGGUUGGCAGGAUAUCGAGGAGGUCUGGUUUCCGGGAUGCCAUGCUGAUAUUGGGGGAGGGUUCAAGCUGAGUAAAGACGAAGAAAUGGAACUCAGCCAUGUACCCUUAGUAUGGAUGGUGCAUGAGGCACAGCGUGCGGGUCUCAAGUUUGACCAGGAGAGGCUGAAAAAGUUCAACUGCUGCGAGGACUACUGUGAAGACGAGGAGAAUCAGAACGGUGAUGAAAAGGGUGGAAAUACGAUGCGCUUGGAAGAUGGCAUGCGGAUUGCCGCAGAACGGGGACAUAUUCAUGACUGUCUCGAAUACGGCAAAGGCGUUCCAUGGCCAGUCGUGCUGUCCUGGAGGGUCUUGGAAUAUUUGCCCUUUCGGAGAAUGAACCUGCAGCAGGAUGGGUCCUGGAAGCCUGUUCGAUUCCCGCUUCCCCUUGGAGAGGUGCGAGAUAUCCCCAAGGGCUCUAAGAUUCAUGUCUCAGCAGUACGUCGCAUGAUGUCUGAUCCGAGCUAUCGACCAGGCAAUCUGAUCGAAGGAGGAGGGGGGAGGGGAAAGAGGAAGGUUCCUCCAGAGCGAGGGAUUGGGGAGUGGGGAGUGGCUGACCAUGCUGGGUCGCCGGUGCGAGAGACAUAUCGUCGUAGAGAGGCACCUGAGUAG